AUGCACGGUAUUAAAAGAAGAAACUUGACACAGGAGGCACUGGUUCAAAAGAGGAGUCAGGCUCAGCAGCAGAUCCACAGAUAUAGAAGCCAAACUGCGAAAGUUUUAAGUUUGAAAGGUGCUAAAGUAUAUAGUAUUGAUGCUUUAAAAGAGACUACAAUAUUGUUGGAUUUAAAUCCAGAGUUCAAUGCUGUUUGGAAUUAUAGAAGGGAUAUUAUUAAAGGUAUUAGGGAUGAAUUGAGUGAAGAUUUUUGGCAUGAUGAAUUGAGUUUUACAAUGGUCCAGUUAAAAAGUUUUCCGAAAGUGUAUUGGAUUUGGAAUCACAGGGUUUGGUGUUUGAAUAAUUGCCAAGGUAAUGCGCUUAAACUUUGGAAGUAUGAGUUGGGAAUUGUAGGGAAGAUUUUAAGCAUGGAUCCAAGGAACUUUCAUGGUUGGCAUUACAGGAGAAUUGUAGUGAACAAACUUGAGGCGUUGAGUCGUAUUUCGAUGAAUAAGGAUGAGUUUAACUACACCACCAAGAUUAUCAAUGAAAAUAUCUCCAAUUUUAGUGCUUGGCAUCAAAGAUGUCAGCUAAUUCCUAAAAUGCUUAAACACGGAGAAAUUACUAACUUUCCUGAGUUUGUCCAGAAAGAAACUGAUUAUAUUAUCAAUGCAAUGUUCACUGAUGCAGAUGAUCAAUCUGUAUGGACUUAUGUGCAUUGGUUUAUUAAAGAUGAGUGUAUUGUGAACAAUAUUCCUACACAGGAGUACAUAUCCAUGCUCCUAAAAUUCGAGGAGAAUAUUACCAUGAUUAACGAGGAUGAGAUUGAUUUCUCCGGAAAGGAAAAUAUAUGGUGUUUGAAAACUUUGGUUUCAAUAGAGUCCAUUCAAAUAAAAAACCUGGGUUUGCCUAUAGAAUCGCAUAUCAAAGAUUAUUUGAACAAAUUAAUGGAUCUUGAUCCUCUAAGGAGAAAAAAAUAUGUUCACAUGUUGAAUAAUGCUUGA